UUGUCGAAGGGACACAGUGUUAUUCUUGGUUAGUGAAAUCAGGAGUAGGCGAGUAUUAUCGUUUCCCAUCCUCUUCGGAGAGCCCAGGUCCUCCACGCCGUGCUGUUCGCAACUCUUAGGUUCAUGUGCGUUAUUGCUUGAAUUGGAUAUGGAGGAUGCCAAUAUAGAGGAUGCGUUAUUGCUUGCAUCGGAUAUUGAGGAUGGGGAUUCUGCUUUGCUUCAGGCGGAGAUGGAGGAUCCCAUCACUGUAUCACUAGGCCCCAUGGAUCGCCUCCUCCGACGGCUCCAUUCAUUCAAUGCCGCUGAAUACAAUUUGCCGGUGGGAUUCACUGAGGAUAAGAUCCAGAAUCUCAAAGAAGAUCUCCAGCGAUUAUGCGUUUCCCUCAAAGAUUUGUCUGAGGAACAGGAACCUAGCCUGACGGCUAAGUGCGGGAUGAAGGAGGCGCGGGAGCUUUGUUAUGAUGCGGAGGACUUACUUGACGAUGCGACGCUCUGUGAUAUUGGCGCCAGUGCUCGCAGUCGCAGAUCAAGCUCCCGUCGUCUUAGCAUCAUCUCUUGGACCCCCCGUAAGCUGAAGCGUCGCCCCCAGAUCUCAACAGAUUUAUCAGAAUUAAUGGCUCGUGUGGUGGAUGCGAAUGAUAGAAGCGCAAGUUUCCUGCUUGAGCAUAAAACCGUCAAACCUGCCUUUGGACAAACCGGUGCCAGCCAACUUCCGCCGCUAAUCCAACUGCCUCUCGAAGUGCUUGAGGAACCAACUGACAAGCUAGUUGAGCUGCUGGCUUUCGAGGAAAAACAACUGAAGGUGGUACCAAUCUUUGGAAUUUCAGGUGUUGGAAAGACAACAGUUGCAAGAACCAUAUAUUAUAGGCAUGGAGAGAGAUUCCAUUGCCGGGCUUUUGUAAGGGUGUCACGAAAUCCAGAUAUGAGAAGGUUCUUCACAAGCAUCAUCUCACAAAUCAAGGCACCACAUGCUCAUGCUUUCUCUGAUGCGCACGACCUUAUUGACACAAUUUUCAAACAUCUUCAAGGCAAAAGGUACCUUAUUAUAAUUGAUGACUUAUGGACAAUAUCAGUAUGGGACAUUAUUAGCUGUGCUUUUCCUUAUGCUGAUUCUUGCAGCAGAGUAGUAACAACCACACAGAUUGAGGAUGUAGCAUUGUCAUGUUGUGGUUAUCAGUCGGAGUAUAUAUUUGAGAUGGCACCUCUUAAUUAUCGUGAACAACGAAAAUUACUCUUCACUACAGUUUUUGGCUCUGAAGGUGAAUAUGGUUGUCCUGAAGAUUUCAAAGAAGUUUCAGAUGGGAUUGUUAUGAAAUGUGGUGGUUCACUGCUAUCGACUGUAAAUAUAGCCAGCAUGUUACCAAGACAACCAGGCCUCAAAAUGGAGCGAUGGGAUAACAUACUACGUUCCUUACCCUCCAUUUUGAAGACAAAUCCUAUUCCAGAUGGGAUGAAAGAAAUUCUAUACCUUAUUUACAUUGAUCUUCCUCCUGACUUGAAGACCUAUUUGCUAUAUGUUAGUAUGUAUCCAGAGGGCUAUACAAUCAAGAAGGAUGAGUUGGUGAAGCAAUGGAUAGCCGAAGGUUUUCUUAGUGGCAUGGAAGGAGUCGCUAGAGGUUAUUUUGAUGAGCUUGUCAAUAGAGGAAUGCUCCAACCUGUACACACCAGUUAUACUGGCGAGGUGUUGUCAUGUACAGUUAACCAUAUGGUACUGGAUCUUAUCAGGUACAAAUCCCUGGAGGCGAAUUUCGUCAUUACAGUUGACUAUCUUCAGUCAACUCUAGGACUUCCUGACAAGGUUCGUCGACUAUCAAUCCAAUUUGGAGAUGCAAAAAGUGCGAAGGUACCAGAAAGCAUCAGAAUGUCCCACAUUCGGUCACUUUUUUUUGGUGGAUUCUUCAAAUGUGUACCAUCCAUUGUGGAAUAUAGGUUUCUUCGAGUUUUAGUUCUUCAUAUAUGGUCUGACCAAGACAAGACUAGUUAUGACCUUGCUAGAAUUGGUGAGCUAUUUCGACUGAGAUAUCUGAACAUUGAAUGUAAUAUCACCAUUGAUCUUCCAGACAAGAUUCAAGGGCUAAAAUAUUUGGAGACACUGCAAAUAGAUGCAAGAGUAUGUACUGUUCCAUCUGCUAUUGUUCAUUUACAGAGUUUGUUGCACCUUUGCCUUCCAAGUGACGCUAAUCUGCCCCACAGAAUUGGCCAACUGAGAUCACUUCGCACUUUGGGGUAUUUUGACCUUAGCAGUAACGCAACAAACAGUGUGAUGGAUCUCGGCAAGCUGACCAAUCUCCAGGAUCUUCAUCUCACCUGUUCCUCAUCAGAGUUUGGGAAUCUGAAAAACAACAUAAAAUGCCUGGGCUUGAUUGUUGGGAAACUAAGCAGCCUCAGAUGUCUAACUCUGGUACCUACAAGCUCCUCUUAUUUGAAUUCCCUGGAUGAUACUGGUACUUCAAGCACUUCAAGCAUUGGGAUUUCUUUUGAUGGUUUUAUCAUCACGUCCCCUCCUCCGGCCCUUCUUCAGAGACUUGAGCUGUUGCCACCAAUUUGCAUAUUUUCCAGCAUUCCUGGGUGGAUCGGAGAACUCAGCAAACUUUGCAUCUUAAAGAUUGAAGUGAUGGUGCUGUCGAGUAACGAUAUUGAUAUCCUCAAAGCAUUGGCUACCCUUACUUCUCUUUCGCUGUAUGUCCGUACUGACCCCAAAAGAAGGAUUAUCUUUGACAGUGUGGGAUUCUCAGUUCUUAAAUACUUUAAUUUCAUGUGUACUGCACCGUGCAUGACAUUUUUGGAAGGAUCAAUGCCCAAUGUCCGAAAGCUCAAGCUAAGGUUCAAUGCUAACAAAUUGGAGCGAUAUGAUCCGAUGCAUGCUGGCUUUGAGUACUUGUCAGGCCUUAAAGAGAUCUUUGUAAAAAUUGGGAGCGUCAGUGGGGAUGAAUCAGACAAAAACGAUGCAGAGCGUGCAUUAUUGGCUACCAUCAGUAAGCAUCCAAGCACCCCCAUCCUCAACAUGCAAUCGGUGAACUGGAUUUUUUAUGGCGACAAAGGAGGAUUUACGACGGCCCAAGAAGAAAAUAACCAGACCCAGGAAAUACAAGAUGUAUGGCUGUAUGCAUCGAUUGAUGCAGAGGCCGGGGACUCCUCCCCUUUUCAAAAAAAAAAGGAAAUACAAGAUGUGAUCACAGAGGAAUACUCUGAUCAACAAUCUGAAGAUCCAAAUAAAGAACCUGACAGCAGAACAUACAUGCAGUCAGUCAGGGACUUCUCGAGCUUGGUGCUCCGCAAGACCAUUUUUUCCUGGAGCAUCCCAAGAAAGCCCAUGGAAUGGAGCACCAUCCCAGGAGCUCCCAUAGAAUUCAAGUACAAGGAGCUCAGGAUAGGGACCAACAACUUCGACGAGAAGAUGAAGCUGGGGCAGGGAGGGUAUGGUGUGGUAUACCGUGCCACCAUACCCGGUGAACACGGCCAGAGCAUGGAAGUGGCUGUCAAGCGGUUCUCGAGGGCUAACACCAAGGGACAGGAGGACUUCUUGGCAGAGAUCAGCAUCAUCAGCCGCCUCCGGCACCGCAACCUCGUCAAGCUGGUUGGUUGGAGCUACCAAAAUGGUGUGUUGCUGCUGGUAUACGACUUCAUGCCUAACGGCAGCUUGGACAAGCACCUCUUCGGCGGCCCGAAUGCUCCAAUCCUCAACUGGAAGCAGCGUUACACCAUUGUUGUUGGCGUGGCGUCGGCCCUGAACUACCUCCACCACGAGUGCGGUCAAGUGGUGAUCCACCGGGAUAUCAAGCCGUCGAACAUCAUGCUGGACGCCGCCUUCAACGCCCGGCUCAGCGACUUCGGUGUCGCCUGCGCUGUAGAGACUGACAAGACGGAUAACAUUGGCGUCGUUGCGGGAACGCUGGGAUAUAUUGCACCGGAGUGCUUUCACACUGGCACGGUGACGUGGAGGUCGGACGUCUUCGGUUUCGGUGCUGUCAUCCUGGAGGUCGUCUCUGGCUGCCGCAUCUCCCGCAACAAUGCCGCAGGGUGCAGCAUGGUGGAGGCUGUGUGGAAGCUCCACAGCACGGGCCGCAUCCUCGAGGCUGUCGACCCAAGGCUUGUCGAAUUCGACGAGGAUGACGUUGAGCGUCUUCUGCUGCUGGCACUCGCUUGCAGCCACCCUGACCCCCAAGAGCGGCCCAGGGCGAAUGCCAUUGUACAGAUGCUGAUGCGCUCCGCCCCGCCGCCUGACGUGCAGCUGUGGAUGCCGACGUUCAUGUGGCCCACGAAGCCGGCUGCCUUUGGGAACGAGCACGGUGAUGAUCUGACGUUUUCGUACCACGCCUCGUCGUCCGGGUGGACAAAGAACUCGCACGGCCCCUCGUCAUCGGGGUGGACAACGACUUCUACUACGUGAGCAGAGCACAAUGUUGCCGAGGUUCGGUCAGGACGUACGAAUCGACGGCACGUCUGAGAUAGAUAAGUCUGGUUUAUUAGGCGUGGCCAUUUGCAUGAUUUCAUUGAUUUAGGUGUGGCCAUUUGCAUGAUUUCAUUGAUUUGAUGACAAUGUGUCAAGCAAAAAGCAUGACAAAAAGAUGUAGCAAAAACACUAACUUGCAGACACCAAGUAGCAACAUCAAUUCGACCUA